CGAGAAAAGGAAUGGAGAGGGCAGAAAAAAAAAGGGAGAGAGGAAUGAGUCACCAGUCCAGAUAAAUUGCCUCCAAGUCACAAAAAUUAAGCUGAAGAGAGUGGUCCCAGAGGUACUAUGGAUCUGGCAGCUAUGAGCACCUGCUUUACUGAUGCAUUGCAGGGCUUUGAGAAUGAGAAAUGUUAUAGGGUGGCUGCUACUGCCACUGUUUGCAGCUGGGAGGAGGGUUCAGGGUGAAAUUAUUGGCACUGUAAAAUCCCGCAGUCCUAGGAGGGCACAGAGAAACUGUGGAGUUGAGCCAGCUUACCAUUCCUCAAUGCAGCACUGCUGCUGAGUUUCAAAGGCUGCUUCCUGCACUGAGGAGUUGCACGGGGAGCUUCAGCAACAACCUACUCCAGUGAAACCCCUGAAUGACCCUGCUGCCAGGAAAAUUUCUGCAAGUUCAAUUCAUGGUUAGAGCUGAGUAAGGCAGCUAAAUUCAGUGACAUGAAACAUUAUGCCCUGGUAUCUCCAGAAUAACUCUGGAGGACAUCCUCCGGCAGCGAGUUCCACAAGUGCCUGCAUUGCGCAUGGGCUGCUAGACAGAGUGCCCAAACCCUGUCCAAAGGUAACAUAAAUUGUGGCAGCACAACUCCAGUGGAGCAGCAACAGACUCUCAGGCACACACAUAUCUAUGGAAGGGCAAGGAACACAAAGCCUUGAGACUGGGACCUAGCCACUCUCAUACAUCCUAAACAUCAUUCAAACCAUUGAAUUCCUAAAGGUUUCUUGUUCCAUCUCCAGUUCUCAAGCCCUGGUUUUGAUCUUCUCAGUGUUUUUUUCUGCCCUGUCACCUAUCCCAUGCAGCAAUGCAGAGAGAGGAAAGGCUUAUUAUAUGCGUGAAACAUAAUUUAUGUAUCUGCCUACUUGUGGUAGGGCACAUGCUGAGUUCUCCUUCCAACACAAUUCAAGUAGCUUGCAGAACCCUUGCAGAAGCUGUUUGAGGCAAAGAAUGGGGCAAAACUCUAAGUGAUUAUUGAGCAAGCAAGCUGGAGACCUAGAAGUUGUGAUCAUGUAACUCUGUGCUUGCACUAACAAGUUCUCAAUGGGGUGGUUAGCCUGGCUAGAGCUUUGCUGCUGCAUGGCUCUGUUUCUUCUAGGAAACAAGUCAUGGACUCUCUGCAGGGUGCUGUGGAACUUGCCCCUGCCAUGACACAGAUAGCCACCGGGUGCUGUCUACAUCAUUCCUUCCUCAGCGAGGCCUCCUCCAGCUCAUCUCCAGACAUCAUCUUGGCCAAAACCUAGGCUAAAGCUAUCCUGACAGUUUUAUCCUGACAGUAACCCUGUACUGACUUCAACUGCUCUUUUGAGCAGCACUGGCUGGACAUAAAAUUGCUCAAGCAGGUUUUGAAUCACAGUUGUAGUCCCGGCUAUGUUCUGCUCACAGACAUACUUCCUGAUUCUGUCAAGGCUGAAAUUCACCCUAGGAGUUCAAAUGCAGUGACAAAUGGCAAGAGCUGGGUGCAGCAAGCAGCACAAGGAGCUACUGCUGUUGGCUGCAGGGAAGGGGGCGGAGAGGAAAGGGAAGCACUUUGUGCAGCAAAUGGGAUGGGGAAAUCCUGAUCUCCUUCCUGGGGAAAGUGCUCAUACAAAGGAGCCUGAUUUCUCUCUCUGCCCCAUUUCCUCUGGGUCCAUACCUUGGAGCAGAGAUAAGAUCUGGUGAGAGAGUUUGAGGUUGUUGCUUUUUCCCAGUGAAAGUGAAAAACACAUGUGAUUCUGCAGGGAGCCGGGGAAGGGAGAGAACUGAGACAGAUAGCCCCCUGUGUUCCCAUCUGCCUUCAGCCCAGUCAUCUGAAAGUACUGGUGGGGCAAAGCACAAGGGAGAAGGAUUUGUGUGCUUAUCACACCACCACCACCACCCCGCCCUGCACACAGACACACCCUUUCUGGGUAUCUUGCCAGCCAGAAGGCUCUGCUGUGUCCCUGCAGCCCUGAGGGGCAGUAGUUCAGUCUGCAAGAUCCUCAGGGCUGGGAGUCCCUCCCAUGUGGCUGUGAAGUUCCUGUGGGCAUUAGCAGAGUGCUUUGCACUGCCACAUUCCCCCCCCCCCCCCCCCACCUAAGAGAGCUGAGCUGAUCCACCCCCUCCUGCCACGCCACUCUCCCAACACACAGCUGCUCUCUGCAUCUCUGUCUUCUUUCUCUUCCUCUCUGUCUCAUCUCCACUAUUCCUGGUUCCUUCCUCCUUUUAUUGCACUCCCUAUUUCUCCAUCUGUCACUCCUAUUGUCUCCCACCCCCACCCCUACUCUCCCCCUCUCCCUCCUUGCUUCUCUCCUGUAUCUCUCUCUCUCCCUGCAUCCGAGUAGCUCCCCCCCUUCUCCCUGUUCUCCUGCCCUAUCAUUCAUCCCCUCAUUCUCAUUCUCCUGCUGGUGUUUCUGUGCGUGGCACCGAUUGGCUGCCGGGAUCCUUCCUGGAGUAGCUGACACUCCACUCCAUCUACCUAACCCUGGCAGACAAGCCCCCCCUCUCCAGCAGAUGGCAAAGGGAACGUGGGGAGUUUGAGGUCUGUCAAGCCACCAGAGUGAGGGGCCUCACAUCCCUGGAAGGACGCAAGCACGGCUGGCUGGCCAUCAGCGGGCACAUGAGUGGGGUACAGGGCUGAGGAGGAGACGUCCCACAUCAGUAAAAGAGGGGCAAUGGGCAGGUCCAGGAAGAAAGAAUUGCAUCUCUGGUAGUACAUUUUGGGACUGGCUCCCUCCUGGGAUUGCUUUACUCAAUUGCUUUUAACAAAGGGGAAGGGGAAAAAUAUGACACGGAUUCUCCUGGUGAAGCAGAGGAAAAUGUACAUCCCAACGACACACUGCUAACUGAUCCUGCAGGGAGACUGCCCCCUCCCUCUUCUCUGUCUCUGCUAUGGACACUUCUGCUUUCAGCCUCCCCACCCCGGCACUGUCAGAAGAGAGGAAUGCCUCUGGCAGCUGGGCAGGCUUCACCAGCACCAACAGCUCCACCACCACCAGCCCCGGUGUGGUUGUCAGCGGUGUCCUCAUCCCCCUGGUUUACCUCAUUGUCUGCGUGGUGGGGCUGGCUGGGAAUUCUCUUGUCAUUUAUGUGGUCCUGCGGCACUCCGUGAGUGAGUCGGUGACCAACAUCUACAUCUUGAACCUGGCUCUAGCUGACGAGCUCUUCAUGCUGGGUCUGCCCUUCCUGGCUGCACAAAAUGCCCUGUCCUACUGGCCCUUUGGGUCCUUCAUGUGUCGCCUAGUGAUGGCUGUGGAUGCCAUCAACCAGUUCACCAGCAUCUUCUGCCUGACGGUGAUGAGUGUUGACCGCUACCUGGCCGUGGUCCACCCAGGGAAGUCCUCCAAAUGGCGGACAGCACGGGUGGCCAAGGCUGUGAGUGCAACUGUAUGGGUGCUGUCGUCCGUGGUGGUGCUGCCAGUGGUGGUCUUCUCAGACGUCCCCUUAGGUAUGAGCACAUGCCACAUCCAGUGGCCAGAGCCUGCCUCAGUGUGGAGAGCUGGCUUCAUUGUCUACACUGCCACCCUGGGCUUCUUUGGGCCACUGUUGGUGAUUUGUCUCUGUUACCUGCUCAUCGUUGUGAAGGUCCGUUCCUCUGGCAGGCGGGUGAGGGCUCUGUCCUCCAAGCACAAGCUCUCAGAGCGCAGGGUGACCCGCAUGGUGGUGGUUGUUGUCGCUGUCUUCGUCCUCUGCUGGCUCCCCUUCUAUGUCCUCAACAUCAUCAAUGUUGUCUGCCCACUGCCAGAGGAGCCAUCUCUCUUUGGCAUUUACUUUCUUGUGGUGGUGCUGCCAUAUGCCAACAGCUGCGCUAACCCCAUCAUCUAUGGCUUUCUCUCUUACCGCUUCAAGCAGGGCUUCCGGAGGGCCAUCCUCAGGCCGUCCCGCCGAGUACAGAACCAAGAGGUGCCAGCAUGCCCCCCAGAGAAGACAGAUGAUGAGGAGGAAGAGGGGGAGAUCAGCAAGAUCACCCAGAAUGGAAAUGACAGGCAGGAAUGCCCCCUCAGCAGUGGGGCAGGAGAAAGUAAUGAGCAAAAACCGCUCCCUGAGGAACCUGUGGGCUGUGAGCAGAGCAACAGGUUGCAUGUCAGUUAUUUAUGAUAAAAGGAAAGAGAGGCUGGGACAUGGGAUCCCCUUUAACCUCUGUGUUACUCCAGCUUGAAGCAGAUGGGAGAGGUUGCCACAAGGGAGGUACUAAAGGCCAAGGCUGCUUACAGAUGAAGAGGGCUCCAGGAGCCUAUGGAAAAGGCAAAACAUUGUAUCUGACUUUGGAAGGGACCCCUGGGUCUGCAUGGUACCCAGAGAAGUGAUGGGCAUUGACAAUAUAAAAAGAGGAAGGGCAGCAGUGUGAUCCAUCAUCAUCAGAUUGCCCAACUGUGAAGGGCAUCAGCUACCAUCUGACUGUGGCACCUCAAGAAAGUCCUCAAAAUGGCACAUGGAACAUGUAGCCACAGCUACUGAAGAUCUCGAAUGGACAUCCCAGUGCCAGAUUUCCCUGAAGGAAGAGCAGGAAUGAAAAAUCUCUGCAGCUAAGAUAUACCAACCAGAUGCAUGAAUGGCUGACCCUUCUCUAGCUCUGUCCUGGGAACAGCUUCCCCACCUGCACUAAGUCCUGACUGGAGACCACUCUGACUGCCCAAAGCCUCCUCUUUGUUUCUAGGGUUCUCAUGACCUCUGGGCAGGCUGAUGAGACUCAUCUGGGGGAGCAAAUGGAACAUUUCUUUCCUGAACUCUGUAUUCCUCAGAGCCUUCUUGGUGCCUCCACACCAUGGUGGAAUGUGUAAUAAGGGUGGAAAAGAAUCCAGUGAGGCAUGGGUUGGGGGCAGGGUUUCUUACAAGAAAUGCCCUUUCCCCUUUCCUUUCACAAAGUUUCACUGUAAAUAAACAAAAAGCCUUUGGACUUAAAGAC